GGAAGGCUCCUGGAACCACUGCCGACAGCUGGAUCCACAGCCAGGCUGCCCACAGCUGACAGCCCAGAGCAGCUCCUCUCAGCCAGGCACUCAGCAUGGUCUUCACAGGAAACAAAGGGUAGCCCAGAGAAGAUACCCUCGAUGAGUAUUUUGAGUACGAUGCAGAGGAGUUCUUAGUGUCUCUGGCCUUGUUAAUAACAGAAGGACGAACACCUGAGUGCUCCGUAAAAGGCCGGACAGAAAGCUUCCAUUGUCCCCCAGCACAGUCCUGUCAGCCGUCAAUUACCAAGCAUGAAUGCAGUGACAAGCUGGCGCAGUGCCGCCAAGCCCGCCGCACCAGGUCUGAAGUCUCCCUGCUGUGGAAGAACAACUUCCCCAUCAUGGUGGAAGUGAUGCUGCUGCCUGACUGCUGCUACGGUGACGACGGCCCCAGCACCGAGGGGCUGGACCUCUGCGACCCCGCCAUCAAGCAGGAUGCCUUGCUGUUGGAGAGGUGGACACUGGAACCAGUCCCUCGACAGAGUGGCGACCGACUGGUUGGAGAGAAGACUCUUCUGUUGGCAGUUCAUUCUUUUGUGUUUUUCUCACAACUAAGUGCUUGGCUAAGUGUUUCUCAUGGUGCUGUUCCACGCAAUAUCCUUUACAGAAUCAGCGCUGCGGACGUAGACCUACAGUGGAAUUUCUCCCAACCUCCAGUUGAGCAUGUGUUUCCUGUUCCCAACAUUUCUCACAAGAUGGCCUUGAAAAUCAGCGUUCAGUCCUUGCCCAGGCAAUCCAACUACCCUGUUCUGACCUGUAGUAUCCACACUAACAUUGGUCUUUAUGAAAAGAGAAUCCAAGACCAUGAGCAUGAAGCCCGUCAGCACCUUAAUUCUAAUGAAUCACAACAGUGUAGGACACAUAGUUUGCAGCGUCUGUGUAGCAAACAGACGUGGGCGGUGGCACCUGAGAGUAUAUUACAUGCGAAAAGUGGCCUGACUCCAGAAUACACUAGAACUGUCAAACUCUGCCCAGACAUGGGCAGCAGAUCUGACUGCGGGACAUCUCAAGUGAAUAUCCUAGGCAUAAGGGAUAAAAAGCCCCAAAAAACAUCCAUGAAAACUUUAAAAUCAUUGCCAGUGAUGGAUUCUAGUGUUUCUAGCCACCGGAGUUCUUGGCAGUCAGUUGGUGAGACCAACCUCUUAAUUGGCUCUUUGAUUCAGGAUCGCCAAGAAGUCAUUGCAAGAAUUGCUCAGCAUUUGAAUCACUGUGACCCAAGCACAUCCCCUGUUUCUGGACAACCUUUGAACACGAAGGAGUCUGGCCCACUUAGCUCAAAACUGUUCCAAGUGUCACAAGAAAAAGAACAUGUGAGAAGAUGUAAAGAUGCUUCCUCCAAGUCCCCUAGAAGUCCAGACGUCGUCUUCUCAGAAGGCACCAGUGAGGGGAAACUCCACGUGAAGCCGGAUACCCUUCACAGUGAGCCUUCCAUACCCAGUGGACUCUGUUCUCCCCUGCCUGUGGGUGAGACCAGCCCUCUGAUAGGCUCCCUGCUCCAGGAGAGGCAGGACGUGAUUACCAGGAUCGCCCAGCACUUGGAGCACCUCAGCCCAACUGCACCACGGGUGCCUUGGCAGUCAGUCAGCAUUCCUAGCUCCAGCUUGCUUCCCUCCAAAGUGUUUCGGAGCUCAUACGAAUGCAAGAAUCUUUUGAGGAAAAGCAAGGACCAUGGAACUGCUGUUUCCGUUUAUAAUGCAAAACUCCCCUUGUUAGAAGACAGCAAUGAAGGGGAAAACAUAACACCUAAGACAUCUUUCAGUUCUCUCAAAUGCAGCCACACAGAAAAGCCUGCUUCCAGAACUCAGGUGAGGAAACUGUGUCGGGACAGUUGUAGUGAGAUCCUCCAAAGUGUAUUCCAGGAGACACAGAACAAAAACGCUAGUCCAGUGACCCCCUCAGAUAGAUCUUAUUGCAAGGAAAAUAACUUAGAUUUGACUGUCAGAUUGGAAAACGUACUUUCUGAACAUCAGUUUAAGGAACAAGAUGUCAGCAGUGGGAUUAAUAAACAGUAUUCCAUGUUUAACAGUAUUGACAAACAGUUUUGCACAAAUAAAUGUAAAGAAAAAAUAAUUAAAGAUGAAAAUUGCCAUCCAGAGUUUUAUAACACCCAUCAACUUGAUCAUUCAAAGAAAAGUGACUUGAAACUGAAAGUCACUGUGUCAAAAGCAUCUGGAUAUUUGAACAAACAUGAAAACAAUAGCUCAGAUAAAGGCGUAAAGCCAAAGGCAUGUGAGCAAAAUACUCAACUUCAUAGUGUAGAAAAUUGCCUUAGUAAAGACGGGGAUUCCCAAUUCAAACAGCCAGACCUGUUCAGAAAUGAACAGGAUAAGAAAGAAGAUGGAGUUCAUGAAAAGCCACAGAACUGUUUUAAGAAAAAGAACAUCAAGGACUGUUUGUCUUCCUGUGGACAGCUGAAAAAUACAGAUGUUUUGCAACGAAUCCCACUGAAACACUCAAGUGUCUGGCGGAAACAUGGUUUUUAUCCCUUGGAUGGAAGCUCCACGAGAGCCUUUCACCCCCGAACUGGAUUGCCUCUCCUGUCAAGCCCCGUUCCUCAGAGAAAAACACAAUCAGGUUGCUUUGAUCUGGAUUCCUCCUUGCUGCACCUGAAAAGCUUGUCUUCUACAAGUCCUCAUUCAUGUUUAAACAUUGAAGAUGAUCCAGAGGUCCAUGAAAAACCGUUUCUGAGUUCUAGUGCUCCACCUAUAACAAGUCUUAGUCUCUUAGGAAAUUUUGAGGAAUCUGUCUUAAAUUACCGCUUAGACCCUCUGGGCAUUGUGGAUGGCUUCACUGCCGAGGUUGGGGCAAGUGGUGUCUUCUGCCCUACACACUUGAUCCUUCCUGUGGAAGUGUCAUUCUAUAGUGUUUCAGACGACAAUGCUCCCUCUCCUUACAUGGGUGUGAUUACUUUAGAGUCCCUUGGUAAAAGGGGUUACCGCGUACCUCCUUCAGGAACAAUACAAGUGACCUUAUUUAACCCUAAUAAGACUGUGGUGAAGAUGUUUGUUGUGAUAUAUGACUUACGAGAGAUGCCAGCCAACCACCAGACGUUCCUCCGGCAAAGAACUUUCUCUGUACCCAUCAAAGAAGAGCUGAAGAGAAGUGUUAAUAGAGCGACUGCGCGGCAUGCAGAGGACCGCUCACUGCGCUACCUCAUACAUCUGAGGUUCCAGAGUUCGAAAUCUGGAAAGAUCUACCUCCACCGAGAUGUGCGGCUCCUGUUUUCAAGGAAGUCCAUGGAAGUCGACAGUGGGGCUGCGUACGAACUCAAAUCCUACACAGAGUCGCCGAUAAACCCACAGUUCUCACCUCGGUGUUAGUUAGGAACAGUGAGUCACAGUGUUUGCCCAGUUCUGCACUGGGAGCAGCAGCUAGCGUGGACCAGGAUGCACCAGAUUAGCAGCUGGGAAAGUGGAUCCUCUGCUGAUACCCUGGACCAGUUUUUAUGAAAGGACUCCUGGGAUGGAACCCAUAUAUCCCACACGGACUGGAAGGACUCACUUCCUGAUCCUUUUUGUCCUGUUGAAAUCACCUCAUGGGACAUGUUGCAGCCGAAACCUCCCCUCCCCACCCUGCCCGUAGGUAGAUUAGUGUUUAUACAUUUUACUUCUCAAUUAUUUAAUAUUUAAUGUUUUCCUUAAUACCCGUGAUACUUGUCUCUAGUAUUCGAAUGUAGCACAAAUCCUAUGUAAAAUCAUCCUAUGUAUUUUUGACAUUAGUGUUAUAGUCUGAAAUAUAUGCACAGGCCUUUC